AUGGACGCGUCGAUCGAGCGCUCGAUCGAUGAUCCGUGGACGUUUUACGUCCGAGCGUCUCGAGACGCGCCGACCGAGACGUGGCACGCGCGGGAGAGGUACGAAUUGCGACGCGUCAUCGGCGCCGGGUCGUUCGGGUGCGUGUGCGAAGCCUCGGACACUCGAUACGGCUGCACAUCAGCGCUGAAGCGGAUUCCCAACGCGCUCUCGACGGUGGAGGACGCGAGGAAGGUGUUGCGGGAGAUUGUCGCGCUGCACCGAACGAAUCAUCCAAACGUGUGCACGUUGCGGCACGCGUACUUCGAGGACAGCGCGGAGGGAGCGAAAAAGUUGGACGUGAAGACGAUGCAACUGCGAGCGGUGUCGAUCGACGUGUACCUGAGCUUUGAGUACGCGGAGGGGGGGGACAUUCACGCGCUGCGCGGGCAACUGUCGGCGAAGGAAGUGCGAGGGUUGAUGCAGCAGUUGACGGAGGCGACACGGUAUUUGCACAGCGUGGGGAUAUGGCAUCGCGACAUUAAGAGUGCGAACACGCUAUUGGGGAAGCACAGGCACGGAGGGCGGGUGAUUAAGCUGUGCGAUUUCGGCAGCGCGCGGGGCGCCCUCGGUGGGCCGGUGGAGGAUUCCAAGGAGGAGCAGCUCGGUCCAAAGAGACGUCGAAUGGUGCGCAGCGCGUCGAGCGCGGAGGUCGAUGCGUCGACGCUCACUCGAUACGUUAUGACGCCUUGCUAUCGAGCGCCCGAGGUGAUCAUGGGUGGCACUGUGUACACCGGCUCCGUAGACGUUUGGGCUCUCGGUUGUAUUUUUGCGGAACUCUUACAAAGGCAAGUCUCGAGUACGUCGGGCGCACUCAACCAAAAGCUCGCUGUGAAGCCGCUGUUUAGCUUACGAGAUACCAUGAUGGAAUCGCCACCGACCGGUGAACAUUUCGACGCCGAGCAAUGCGAUGAGAGCGCCGAACAGCGCCGCGCUCAGCUCGACGUGAUCUUCGACGUUCUCGGCACGCCGUGCUGGGCAGAGAUCGAGCAUAUCAGCUCUCAACACUGGCGUGAGUACUUACGCUCGCUCCCGGGACGAGCGGGUACGCUCGACCUAUUGUUCCAUCACGGCGUGGACGACGAAGCUCGCGAUUUGUUGCGUCGCAUGCUUCGAUUCGACCCCUCAAUGCGCACCUCGUGUGAGGAAAUCCUCGCGCAUCGAUACUUUGAUUCCAGCAAGCUCGUGACGGAAACGAUCAAGGCGACGACGGAUUCACUCAACUACCACGUCGAAUCAAUGAAGAUGGACGUCGAGAAUGGGAAUCGUAAGCCGUUUUGGGAGAUAGAUCAUCCGGGAUUGGCGCUCGAAGAGUUGGAAAAGGCGUUUCUGAGAGUGCACAAGCAAACCGUGGACAAGGGAAACGACGCGUGGCGAGAGGAGUAUCGCACUUUCUUUGAAAAAGAGUGCGAUCGAAGCGAAAAAGUGCCGGACCAAGAGAUGAUAGACGCUGGAGCUCAAGAUAGAUCGUUGCUCGCGCUAUUUCCUGAUUUUUUUCGAGGCGAAGAGGCCGUCGAGUACAAGCUCGACACACUCACCGACGAGCGCAGCGUGGUUCAUCACUAUGGUUUCUGUCAGGAUAGAGGCACGGAGGCACAUCUGAAUCGUGAUAGAAUGGGUGAAUGGACGACGGAUGAUUGGGACUCGAUCCGAACUAAAUCAGGAACUUCCGAUACAGGCGUCUGGGGAGUCUCGUCGGUGCCACCAGGUGGCGGUGGAUCCGUCGCCGGCCAACAAGGGAGGUGA